AUGCAGGCUUGCGAUCGCUGUUACCGUCGCAAGUCAAAAUGCGACAAAUCCAUUCCUACGUGCGGCCAAUGCCAAAGAGCGCGCGCGCCAUGCCAUUACGUGGACCGGACCCGGGAACCGACUGUCCGCCGAGAAGUCUUUGACCGGCUUGAAAGACGCUUGCGACAAAUGGAGGCCAAGAAUCGCGCUUUAUCUUCGCAGCUGGUCUCGCACCAGACAUCUCAGCGGAGUGAAUCUAGUCAUGAGCAAGGUCAAGAUUCUCAACCAGCACCGCAGAGCCCCGACGCGACUCCGUUCCCAUUUGACCGCGGUGAGGUCGCCGACGAGGUAUCCUUUCUCUCCCGACAGGCUGGUGGCGAUGGCCAGUAUCUGGGUGUUGCUAGUGGGGUUAUAUUUGCGGAUCUUGUUCAGGGGGUUGCUUCGUUGCAUCCACCCGUUCAGCAGGGACAAUCCGUCCACCGGACGUCCUUGCGAUCUGUUACGGCCCCACAGCCUACCUCCUCGCUAUCACUCGCACAGGAGACCUUACCACCGGAGAGAGUAGCUCGACAUUUACACGAAGCGUAUCUCAGUCAUGAUCACCUCUGUUUUCCAUUCCUCAACCGCCACUUCGUACUCGCAAACCUUGACCGCAUUUACACCGAUGGCUCUGUCCUGGAAAGAGAUGCUGGAAUGUCAUUCAUUUUCUAUAUGAUCCUUGCAAUCGCAAUGGCUAGUGCUCAUAAAUGCGAGUGGCAGUCUUUGCCCGAGAGCGAGAACUUCCAAGCUCGCGCCAUGGCUCGGGUGAACGAGGUCUUGCAGUGCACCGACAUUAAAGCCCUCCAAGCGGUACUCCUCCUAUGUCAAUAUAGAAUGACCAGUUCGGCAGAAGAAACUUCAGCGAGCCUAUGGCAUAUGGUUGGAAUUGCUGCUCGGAUGUGUUUUGAAUUGGGACUGCAUCGUAACCAGACUUACCGUGCCCCGACAAUGUCUCACGCUACUAGCAACAGCGAGCUUCUAGCCGAGAGUGAGACUCGUCGACGAUGCUUUUGGUCUGUUGUUGAUAUGGAUAGGUACGAAAUCAAAUCUCGAUUUUCUCCUCCCUUGCUGACACAUAUUAUAGGGUUGUCAGCAUUACCUUGGGCCGGCCACUAG